UUCGUCAAUAAGGACUCAAAAUGAGCUGAAUUAAAUCAAAAUAAAGAAAACAUCCCAGUAAGGUAAACAGUGACACACCUGUAUCAGCUGAUUGAACACAGGUAAAAAUGCAUGAGUUCAUCGACCCGGGGUUACUCAUACGGGAAUUUCUUUUUUUAAAAUUACCUAACAAAUCGUGUCAAUCACUGCGUCAGGUCGUGCACAGCCACCUGAAAUUAUUUGAAGAUGCGACCCAAUUUUUGAAAUUCGAAGUUUCGAAUACUUUACAUUCCAGUUAACUUAAAUGACACAGACUACACAAAUUCAUGUCCAGAGAAGUAAAUUUAUGUAAAAUCUCCAAAGGGAUUAAAGGAAUUAAUGAAUCAAAAUUAAAAAUGAAGUAGGAAACUUCAUUGAGCGGUUCAGUACGCGUCUGAUAUUGGGGCCAAGGUUGUAUUAAAAAUCAAAGCUUAUUUGUUUCAAUUCAUUAAAUCUCGAGACUUUUUUACGAUGCAAACUUAUUUUAAUGAUUGAUGUCCCUCGCUAUUUAUCAAAAUAGGAAAUAGCCGUGUUAUCUACCUUUUAGAGUAAUACACUAUACUGACUUAAUGUUAAGAAAUACUUCUCGCUAGAUGGCGACACUUCAUGUUUAUUACCUGUGACCACCAGGUGUAGAGAUUUCCAACAUGGCGAUAUCCAUAACCAGAAUUACGGAAGUGUUCUGUGCAUGAGUUUUUAUAAAUAAAGCACCAUGUUUCAUUUAUCAGUUUUAUCCAAAACGAUACAGCUUGACUACUUUUCCUACCUAUACCUGGAUUAAUUUCAUACCUGACGGAUUAUCUAAUUUUACUGUUGAUCGUUACCUAACCAGGCUCAGUGAUGUGAUUCUAAACAUAUCUUCACUAAGCUUUUUCGGAUUAUCCGAUUUUCGGAUAAUUAUGGAGUAUUGUUUGAAAUCAACAAUACCUUGAUAUUGAUAGGUUUAUAGUAUCAUCGACAAUAUCAUGAUAUGGACGGUUUUGCACAAGCACUCUCGAGCUGUUUGACCUGAUAUUGGAAUUAGGUCAGCAUAUGCAAUUGGCGUUUCUUUUUAAAUUGUUGACUAUUUGUGCCAUGAACAUACAACGAAGUUCUAAGAAGUUAUAAGACAUGAUGAAAGUUAAGACGAAGCUGAUUGUGUAUCUGCUGGUCAAUGUCAUGUGGGUCAUGAUCGAAGCAUUUGAAUUUACAGUGGAUUUUGAAAACUCGGCGGAUUGUGGUCGGAGUAUCACGGUGUCUGACUUGGACGUCUUCACCCUGAAGGCCAAUCCUAACCCCAUCACCUCAGGGGGUGCUGCAUCGUGUGUGGUCAGGUUUAACUCGGCCUCCCAGUUCCUUGUUAGUGUCCAGCAUAUUGACGUCACAGACUGCACUGUCCGGCUGUACUUCUACGACAAUGACAACACAAUGAAAUUCCCAUCGCAAACGCUGUCUUGUAUCCCAAGCACAGGCGCAGGAGAGUCCUUCCGGACCCGUACCGGAAAUCUUAUCGUCCGUCUGGAUAAAGGGUCCGGAAGUACUAAAGCAUAUAGCUUCAACCUCGUCCUAACUACUACAAAAGGUGUGGUGUCGAACAACGUUGCCGACACGGCUGGGGGCGGAGUCGGGACGGGUGCCAUUAUUGGCAUCGCGGUGGGCGUGGUUGCGUUCCUCAUCAUCAUCAUUGCUGUCGUCUGCUUUUUUGUCUGUCGGCAGAUGGCACAGCAGAAGGAGGAGAAAAUGCGUCAACUACAGCCCAGCGUCUUUACCACAGCUUCAUCAAGACAAGCUACCGCUCCAAGUGCCCCGCAUCUUAGCACUUCCGGGUCACAACAUGGUCGUCAAGGAAGCACGAGGACUAGUCAGCGAACCAAAACAUCACAUGCGUUUGAAAACAAAGCUUUUAGUGACACUAGUAACGUCUCCACUGAAUUUGUUGGAAGUAAAGUUUCAUAUGCCAUUAUAUCGGAUGGCAGUGUUGAUGGAAAGAGUUCUAUCAGAAUGCAAAACCUUCAGAGGAGUGGGCGGACCGGAAGUGUUCGACGAGACAAGUCAGUACCGGAUAAAGGUCUUUCUGACGAUGCUCGAUCAAGCGUGAAGUUUGAUCUUCGAUCUGAUUCCGAAUUGGGAAGAAUAAACCGUCCGCUACAGGGUGACUCUUCAAAAAACAAGAUGGAGAAAAAUACAACCCCGAAGGAGUUCAUAAGGACAACGAAUGGGAAACAAAACGAUUCUCCGAAAACAGUCGAUAGAAAACCAGAAAAAGCAACUGAGAAACCAAAGAAGUCAACAACGGAGGGUAAGGACUAUUUUCGAGAAUACACAAAUAAGGGAUACGAUGGAGACCUCUGUCGAUCAGGGAGUGUUCGAAAACCAAAAUAUAAAGAAACCAGUUCCUCAAGCCAUAACUCCUCAAACAGCAAUCGUCAUUUACAUGAAAAUCGCGAAAGGAAUGACGUGCGUCGUUCUCGGAGUAAGUCCGAAUCUCGAUAUGAAAGAGACAGAUACCGAGACUCAGAAAGUGAUGAUUUUUACAAAGAGCAAAGACAACGAAGCAAAACGGGAGAGAGAUCGCAUCGUCGUAAUAGUAUCGAUCGAUCCCAUCGCAGAUCUGACAGCCGAUCCCGGAGACGCGAUGAUUACUACAGCGACAGAGAGUCAGAUAGCGACGAUUUCUAUCGCGAAAGAAAUCGUCGAAGUAGAAGUGCUGAUCGCCGAGGAAAUCAGGAAGGAUCAGUUCGAAGGUCAAACAGUAGGAGUCGAAGCCGAGGCAAUUAUUAUGAUGAUUAUCGAAGUGAUGAUUCAUUCAUCAGAAGUGACCGAUAUCGCGAUGGUUACAAAAGUGACAAUCGAUAUGACAAUAGGAGUACUUAUAGACGAGACAAACGAGACGGUUAUCGGAGUGAUAACAGAUACGACUAUCGAGAUGAGUAUCGGAGAGAUAAUCGAUACGAUCAUCGUGAGAGACUUGACUCUUUCAAGGACAGAGAAAGAAGAAACCAGAGGACAUCUUAUGACUAUAGUGAUGGUCACAGAUCUAGGGCAACAUCUGUAGGAAGUGCGUAUUCCAAACAAAGAUCAUCCAGCCGAUCUAGGUACGACAGAUACUAGAGAGAUACUGUCAGAAUUCCCUCACUGCCGGCUAGUUAUAACGAAGUUUGGGGGGGUAUAUAGGAAUCACCUUGUCCGUCUGUCUAACCGUCUGUCUGUCCGUCUGUCUGUGCAAACGUGUCCGGUCCAUAUCUUUCUUAUGGAGGGACAUUAGAAUCUACUACUCCACAUAAAGAUUGCCCAUGACCUAAGGGUGUGUCAUGACCUUGACCCAAGGUCAUUUGGGGAAGUUCAAGGUCACUGGAAGAAAAAGUUCAUAAUUCGUGUCCGGUCCAUAUCUUUCUUAUGGAUAAACUUAGUAGGUUCUCAUUUCACACAAAGAUUGCCCAUGACCCAAGGGUGUGUCAUGACCUUGACCCAAGGUCAUUCGGGGAAGUUCAAGGUCACUGGAAGAAAAAGUUCAUAAUUCGUGUCCGGUCCAUAUCUUUCUUCUGGAUAAACUUGGAAGGUUCUCAUUUCACACAAGGAUUGCCCAUGACCCAAGGGUGUGUCGUGACCUUGAUCCAAGGUCAUUCGGGGAAGUUCAAGGUCACUGGAAGAAAAAGUUCAUAAUUCGUGUCCGGUCCAUAUCUUUCUUCUGGAUAAACUUGGUAGGUUCUCAUUUCACACAAAGAUUGCCCAUGACCCAAGGAUGUGUCAUGAUCUUGACCCAAGGUCAUUUGGGGAAGUUCAAGGUCACUGGAAGAAAAAGUUCAUAAUUCGUGUCCGGUCCAUAUCUUUCUUCUGGAUAAACUUGGUAGGUUCUCAUUUCACACAAGGAUUGCCCAUGACCCAAGGGUGUGUUGUGACCUUGACCCAAGGUCAUUCGGGGAAGUUCAAGGUCACUGGAAGAAAAAGUUCAUAAUUUGUGUCUGGUCCAUAUCUUUCUUAUGGAUAAACUUGGUAGGUUCUCAUUUCACACAAAGAUUGCCCAUGACCCAAGGGUGUGUUGUGACCUUGACCCAAGGUCAUUCGGGGAAGUUCAAGGUCACUGGAAGAAAAAGUUCAUAAUUUGUGUCCGGUCCACAUCUUUCUUAUGGAUAAACUUGGUAGGUUCUCAUUUCACACAAAGAUUGCCCAUGACCCAAGGAUGUGUCCUGAUCUUGACCCAAGGUCAUUCGGGGAAGUUCAAGGUCACUGGAAGAAAAAUUUCAUAAUUCAUGUGUGAUACAUAUCUUUAUUAUGGAAAAACUUACUUCUGAAAAAACCCAGCGGGGGGUAUUUUGUCCCGUUUGGACAGUUCUAGUUCACUACUUAUUAUCCGAAAUCGUCAUUAUCUAGUUUCUUGUAUCAAGACGUCAAUAUAAUGCCAUUAUGUUGUUGUUUGUAUAUUUUUAUAUGUGUGUAUAUGAAUAGACGCUUGCUAAGGUGGCUUUAAGGAUAAAAGAUGAUGAUCUCAAACAUUUAUAUAUAGAUUCGCAUUCCAGGUCUUGCCAUAAAACAUUUCAUUUUCUGUUUAUAAAUCGCUCAUUAAUUUUAGUACUUCUGGAAUAGCUACUUAGGACAGACAGUAACAUAUCAUACCUCGGAGGCAGCAAUGAAACGUAAUGAUUUUGCAAUUAUUUUUAGUUCUUCUCUUGUGUCUGUUAUACAUGACAUUGUAUUUAUAAGCAUUAAAAUUUUAUAC